GUCGAGUUCCUCAUGGACUGGUGUACACGGCCUCGGAGAAGAAUCGGCCCGGGCUACCGAGAGACUUUCGGAGUCUCGGCUCCCUCCGAACUGUCAAGACACAUUCAUCUCCAUCUCCACUUCUCGACAUAUCCAUUCCAUUGCACCGGAUUGGCAAUGUCACAAAGUAUAUCCACGCCACAGCUCCCAAGAGCCUCGAGGCGCAGGCAUUCAAGGUUCCCAUCAGCAUGCACAACUUGCAAAUCGAAGAAAGUAAAGUGUUCGGAAGGUUAUCCAUGUGAAUACUGUUCCCGCAGAGGUCUGCAAUGCAGGUAUCCGGAGUCCAAUGCUGGGCGGCUCUACUCGACAGGGAAGAUUCGUGAACUAGAGGCUCGUUUGGCCUUGUAUGAGUCUUCAGGCUUACAAUGUGAGACGGGAAGAUCCGACAUAGAGUCACCGUCUACGAGAACUGUGUCCUCCCCACAGAUCACCGGGAUUGUUGCACCGCCCGACUCGGAGCAUCCGGUACAGCGUAUCACUACCGAGCGCGACAUUGGUUCAAGCCAAGAUUUUGGAAACCGAGUCCAAACCUUGUUCGAGCAACGAUCAGUAGAAUCGCCAGCAUUUAUUCGGCAACCAUGUAAAUCGACCAGAGAAAGUCUUUUCCCCUCAGAAAGACCAGCUCUGAAGUUGAAACAAACCCUGAAUGCUUCCUACCCUGUCCCCAAUCUUCCCUCCGAGGAAGAAGCCUAUCAACUUCUCCACCACGUUUUAUUCUAUUUCGGCGAGACGCAGCAUCUCUUCGAUGCCCGUGAUGCUUCUGAUCAAUUAGCUAUCAUCUACGAGAACCCGCAAGAAAGCCUUCGAAAUCCCAGUAUUGGAUUUCUCCACGCUCUACUGAUAUUCGCUCUGGGCAAGCUACUUCGAGGUGAUUCGGACGGGUCGAGCUCUCCCCCGGGCUUUGCAUUGUUCACCUACGCACUGGAUCUCCUGCCCUGUCCUUCAGAGCUACGGGCUCACGGAGUAGCGGGCAUCGAGGUUCUCGCCAUCAUCACAGUCUAUCUGCAAAAUAUCGACCGAAGUGAUGACGCUGCUUCUUAUAUCGGACUGGCUAUUCGCUUAGCUAUGUUACACCGGUUACACCGGAAACAGACGUUCCAAAAAUUACGUCGAUCGGAGGCGACGCACGCAAGCCGACUUUGGUGGACUGUACACAUGCAGGACAAGCGGUCAAUGAUUCUAAAUGGCUGUCCUCUCGCACUUGAUGAUAAGUUUGUGGAUACGUUUCUGCCCACAGAGGCACCCGGCUUUCCGAACCCAUUUGCCCUACAGAUCAACCUCGAGGUAGCCCAAAUCCAAACAAGGAUAUACUCAGUCAUCUACAGCCAAGAAUCCUGUCCAAAAGAUGAAUUCGUCGCAGGAGUUCAGGAUAUCAUCUCAGCUUUGAAUCAGCUUGCGAAUCAGAUUUCUCAGGGCUCUGGCUUUUCGGGCGCUUUACUGAACCAGCAGGCAUCAAAGAAAGACCUACGACUCAGUAUAUCCCUGUAUACUAUCCUCUACCAGUCAAUCAUUCUUACUCUGCGACCGAUCGUUCUGCACCUGACGAAAGCAAUCCUUAGUGGCGAGACCACGUUCACAAAUAGCGGAAAUGCUUUCCAACAGUUGACCUGUACCUGUAUAGAGGCUGCCCGUCGGUCCCUGGAGCUCAUAGUACUUGCACAAAAAGAGGACAUGAUAGCAAAAUUUGGCUUCUUUGACCUCGAUGCUAUCUUUUCCGCAGGAUUUAUCAUGCUCCUUGCUGCAAUAGUUGCAUCAACAAACAAUACUCGGGGACACCACCUGUCAUUUUUGAAACCUACCCCUGGCAUCUUGGAGUCAUUACAGCUUCUCGACUUCCUGGCUGGAUAUCACAACGAGGCCGCCAAAGCUCGCCAUGACCAAAUUCAACGACUGUACGAUCAUAUCCCAGCAUUGGUCGAAUCCCUACAGAUAGAAACUGGAAGUGGUGGUAAUGGACAGUCACCGUUUGGUUCUUCGAGCAGUCAAGCCGUACAGACACCCCUUUCGACGGGGGUCGGUACUUCGAAUCGACAUCCCCCCUUGCACGUGCAAACGUGGGAUCCUGAGAGCGGCAGAGAUAUGAUGGAUGGUUACACAGCAUCAUUACCAAUGCCGUUCCCUUCCGAUGCUCAGACGAUGUACUCGCUAUACCAAGGGGAUGACUUUGUUUUGACAGGUGCGGAUGUGGCAGAUUUCGAGGAGCUACAACGGCAUUUGCUAGGAUCUGAUAUUGCUUUUUGAGGAUUGAAGUUGAAGAGAAAUAGGCUGGCGAGCCUGAGAAUUGCGAUACAUGUAGUUUUCGAGGGACACCUAUCAAAGAACACACGAUGUAGCCUCGGCAACGUGAUCGUUGAGAUGACAGGACUGAAGGAGUACUCUCCUUGAUUCGUUUGUAUGACAGCUUGCGUCGAUAAACUUACAAGACCGGGGCAAUCUCCAGAGGGCCAUCGCCUUGAUGAACAUUAGCUAUCCAAUUGUCUUCAAGUAUUCUCAAGGUAUACUCAACCUUAGGCCACGGCGGAGGGCGCCCGUUCUGCUGACAUCGCGUAAUCGCGCGCCCGAAUUGCGAUGACUCACCAAGUCAAACCACCUUUUAGGGCAAACGAUAACGGCCA